AUGUUUACUACUGCUGAAAUCAAGAAACGUCUAACGAAGGCCUUUUCAUCUUUGCAGGAAAAUAUCUACAAGGGUAAGCUUACUCAUUCUGAAGAAAUCCAAGCAUUCCAAAAGUACUUUGAAACUGUCUAUAACCCAAUGGAACUUGUUCAAACCGUUUGUUAUGCAACGACAAUUUUAAAAGCGAAAUUUGAAAAACAAAUUGCCAAAAAGAGAUUUCCCAAAGCUGUAAAACCUGAAUUUAAAUAUGAUUUGGCCUUUGAGUGCGAACCACCCAUAUUUCCAAAUUUACCCAGUGCAGAUUUUGCUUUGUCAUUUUUCCCCCUUACCCAACUUGCUGUCGAAAGGAAGGUGGUGAAGAAAGAGAAGCCUGUGGCGAAAGCAAGUUCGAAUACUGAUUCUAAACCAACUACCUCUUCAAGCCAGGGAGCUCCUUCUGCCAAGGAUGUUGCUCCAGAAAAAACGAAGAAGAGUUCAAAGGGUAGUGGCAAGCCUCCUUUGACGCCCAAGAAAAGAAAAGUCCCCACUACAAAUGUAAUUCUUGUCGAAGACGAUGAAGAAGAAACUCCUCCAACUCCACUUAAGAAAAAACAGAAAAAGAAUAAGGCAACAGUUUCCCCUUACCAAACAAAUAAACAACAAGGUGUCGAAAUCAACAUUCUCCCUCCUCCUUCAAAGGAAACUCAAUCCCAGCCCUCUGGUGGCGCAGCGCUGGAGCACAUUGGGAGCAAUGCUUCUGACCCUGAGGCUCAACAGGAAAAACCUACCACUCCCCUUAUUUCUACUGCCAAUCAGAGUGAUCCUUCGAGCGGCAUGAAUCCAUCUCCUCCUCCGACAAUCAGCGGCGCUAUCCAAAAUAAAGGAUCUUCGACUGGAGCCCAAAGUCUCAAAGCAGAUAAUGCCCAGAACGAACAAGAAACCUCUUCUCUUGGUGAAGAUGGUAAAAGAGAUUUGAAGCACGCUGAAGAGAAGGACUCGGCAGAGAAAGAAGAUUCUGAGGAUACCCCCAGUAAUUCUCCUACAAGAGUUGCGUUCCCUUCAGAUUAUGCUGACGAGGAUGAUCAGGAUUCUGAUGAGAUUGAGGGGUAUUUUCAGGAAGAUGAAGACAUGAGUGAGGGAGAAGCUGAUCCUGAAGGAAAUCAGACUGGAACCGGUGAUGCUAAUGUCGAAACGGUCCCAAAUCCAACUAAUGUUCGACCAUCCAUCAUCCAGACUUCGCCUAUAUCACUUACUGAGGAGGAGAAAAAAGCUUUAAAACAAAAUGAUCCCCUCAAGUAUAUAAGGUUAAUGAUGGCUCAAAGAGAAUCUUCUUCAGAGCAAAGCAUUUGGACGAAGAAAGGUUGCAUGCGUUAA